AUGACCGGCAGCGUAAUUCUUCAUGUAGUGGUUGUCGGAUUUCAUCACAAGAGGGGCUGCCAGGUUGAAUAUGCCUAUCCUCCACUGGCUGAUGACUCUUCACAAUCUUUGCCUGUAGAAUGGACCAAUUUACCAUCCUUAGCAAUACCCGAUGGUGCACACAAUGCCGAAAGCGACAUCGUGUAUUUUCUGCUCCCGUCGAGAGAGGAUGUUGAAAAAAGCAUUUUUGGGAUUUCAUGUUAUCGACAAAUCAAUGCAAAUGAGCUGGUUUCUCGACCUGACGAUGUUACUAGGAGUACCGUUCAAAAAUCCGUGUGUGUCAUAUCAAAAAUACCUCUUUUCGGAGCUCUGAAGGCAAAACUACAAGUGAUUACACAGGCAUAUUUCAAUGAAAGAGAUUUUUCGAAGAUCGAAGUUCUUUCACAGAUGUACCGAAACUUGGUUGACAUGUUCGAAGAAGAUUUAACCGAUGGCCAAUCACCUAUAAUAGAUAUAUCGGCGAAAGAGUUUGUGAAAAAAUUUAAACAUAGAUCUUUGCUACUUUUCAAGUUGAUGUUGUUAGAGAGAAAGGUUGUAUUCAACAUGUUUCCUGUACAAGUACUUGGUGAUACCAUGCUGGCUCUAUUGUCGUUAUUUCCAAGAAUGGUCGAGGAAGGACUGUUUCACGCGGCAUCUCCCUGUCAGCAGCUAGAUGAAUGUCACAAGGAAUUCAAAUCAUCGGAUACUCAUGAAAGUAUUGAUGAAGCCACCGGAGAUCGCGCAACAACAAAGGAUCAGAUGUCUUCACUCUCGCUCCCAGAGGAAACCCAGGAUAUUGUUAGUUGUUGUACCAACACAAUUUUAUCAAACGAUUCUCUGCGCACAACCCAAGAUGGUUUUGGCUUUCCGCUCAGCAUUUUCACGACGGGAAAUAUUUUUCAUCCGUAUUUGGACGAUAAAAGCAACAUAAACAUUGACAUUACUGAUCCCGAGCUUAAAAAACAACUUGUGCUUACAACUAGUGAUUUACGCUUUGGUGAUUAUUUGCUCAAGCAUAUCGAACAAAAUGAAAUCCUUGAAGCGGCUUGGGAAGUUUGGAUGGCCUCGUCACCACGGGAGUUGGUUUCAAUACCUCCAGGUCAUACGUUUUCGGGUCAAGUUGGAGUGCGAGACAUUGGCAUUUUAAUGGAGCACGCUGUUCAUGGUAGCGGCGGAGCUAAACGGGCUAUGCAUGCUUUGAGCAACACUGGUCGAAAUUUAGGAGAAGCAGGAACUAAAGUGAAAGAAUCGUUUACCACUUGGAUCCGCGGAGCUGCCUCGGCCAUAGGCCAAGCAGCAGGACAACUACAGGGUGGGUCAAUGGUGGUUUCAAACUCGAGGGAAAAUGUUGAAACUGAUGAUGUGAUGCGCUUGAGCAAUAUUUCAUUGCUGAAGUUCAGCAGGACCCUACAAAAUGUUGUCAACGGUAAAUGGUCUACUACUCAUUACACGAUAAAGGAUCGUUCCAAAGACCCGCGAUGGAAAGAUAUUGAUAUGACCCGUGUUUCGGACCAAUAUGAUGUUGUUAUAGUUGGUGGAGGUCCAUCAGGCUUGUCGGCUGCAAUUAAGUUGAGACAACUCGCUGAGAAGGCAGGGAAAGAAGUACGUGUAUGUGUCGUCGAGAAGGCACCCGAAUUGGGAGCUCACACACUGUCAGGCGCCGUCAUUGAAACAAAGGCAAUGGAUGAAUUGUUGCCGAAUUGGAAAGAACUUGGCGCUCCGAUUAGACAGCAAGUCACGUCAGAGUCGAUUGCCAUUUUAACCGAAAGUGGCAGGAUUCCGGUUCCUUGCUUUCCUGGUGUGCCUCUGUAUAAUCAUGGCAAUUAUGUUGUUCGUCUCGGACAUGUUGUUCGAUGGCUGGGUGAACAAGCAGAAGCUGCUGGAGUUGAGAUUUACCCUGGCUAUGCUGCAUCGGAGAUUCUUUAUAACGACGAUGGAAGUGUUAAAGGAAUUGCAACAAAUGAUGUCGGGAUCAAUAAAGAUGGCUCACCAAAAGAAGGUUUUGAACGUGGUAUGGAGUUGCACGCGAAAUGUACAAUCUUUGCUGAAGGUUGCCGAGGUCAUUUGACAAAACAAGUGCUCGAUCGCUAUAAUUUACGGAAACAUCCGAUGUCUUAUGGUAUUGGAAUUAAAGAGUUGUGGCAGAUCGACCCAAAAAAGCAUCGACCUGGCUAUGUGGAGCACACGAUGGGAUGGCCAUUGCCUCGCGAAACUUACGGUGGCUCCUUCCUCUAUCACAUCGAAGAUGAAGGACAACCUUUGGUGGCAGUGGGCUUUGUUGUGGCUCUCGAUUAUAAGAAUCCCAACAUGAAUCCAUAUUUGGAAUUUCAACGAUACAAGACUCAUCCUUCAAUUCGCAGCCAACUUGAGGGAGGACAACGCAUUGGUUAUGGAGGACGAGCCCUCAAUGAAGGGGGAUAUCAAAGUAUUCCAAAAUUGACUUUCCCAGGUGGAUGUCUUAUUGGAUGUACGGCUGGUUUCCUUAAUGUGGCGAAGUUAAAAGGAACACAUAAUGCAAUGAAGAGUGGCAUGGUUGCGGCCGAAUCGAUCUUUAAAGAAUUGGGAGAAGACGAGAAUGCAACAUCCGUCGAGCCAAAAUCUUAUCCAAAGGAACUUGAAAACACAUAUGUCAUGCAAGAAUUGAAAGCAACGCGUAAUAUUCGUCCAUCUUUCAACACUUCCCUUGGUUUUUAUGGUGGGUUGGCCUAUAGCGGUCUUUUCUUUGUGCUAGGACGUGGAUUUGAGCCAUGGACAUUGGAUCAUGGAAAACCUGACAACGAAAAGCUCGUAAAGAAAGAGGAUGCUCCGAAGAUUGAUUAUCCAAAACCUGACGGGAAACUCACUUUUGACCUCCUUACGUCGGUGUCUUUGACAGGAACAACUCAUCAAGAUAAUCAACCAGCACAUUUGACAUUGAAGAAUGAUGAUGUUCCAGUCGAUGUAAAUCUAGCAAAGUUUGACGGACCGGAAUCUCGUUAUUGUCCUGCAGGUGUUUACGAGUUUGUGCCAUCCGAAUCCAAUGCUAAUGAGAAACGCCUGCAAAUCAACGCUCAAAACUGUAUUCAUUGCAAAACCUGUGAUAUCAAGGAUCCAACUCAAAACAUCAACUGGGUGACACCACAAGGAGGAGAGGGUCCAAAGUACAAUGGCAUUCAUCAAGCGAUCCGAUUGGGCCCCGCCGGCGCAAAUCGGAAGCAAAAAUUCCGAACUUCAGGUUCUCUAGAGGAUCGGCCAAGAUUGUCAACGCUUCUCGCCGAGCGCAAACAGAGCCAACAAUCGAAUCGAAGUCUUAGCAGUAAUUUGCAUAUGAUCUCCUCUCAGUUGGGCGGUGCUGGCAUUCACCGAAAGCGUCACCAAGAACACACUUCACAGGAUUCAAGCACAUUAGCGUUCAUUCGCGAAAAUGGUGCCAGUGGUGGAAGCAGUGAUCUUUUCGACAGUAAAAGACACGCUUUGAAAAGUCUCGAUGAAUCGGACGAGGACGGAUCCCCACAUGGAAACCUCCUUGCUGAGCAAUCUUUUGAAGAACCUUCAUGUAUUUUAAAUAAGACUCGUGGUCUGAUUGUGGAAAGUGCACAAAACGAGGAGUUCCUUCGGCUGAACAUUGGCGGUCAACGAUUCAUGCUGAGACGGGAAACAGUGCUAAAAAGAAAUAUUGGGCGUCUCACCUGGAUGGUGUCGGUGAAUCACGAGGAAAGAGCUGCCCUUGCUGACGCUUUCUUUGCCUCCACAUCAGAAUAUUAUUUCGAAAGAGCUCCUUCACUUUUUCAUAUCAUUUUUCAAUUCUAUCUUACCGGUCAAAUCCAUCAACCGUCACACUUGUGUCCAAACGAUAUUCUCGAUGAGCUUGAUUGGUGGGGAAUCGAGCCCGAACUCCAUAUGGCGCCUUGUUGUUGUCAAGAGGAUAAACAUGACGUCGACUCUACAUGCUCUGAGUCAACCACUGAAGAGCGGGCAAACGUUUUCAAGCAUUUGCGCUUUGGUGAAAUACGACGGAGAAUGUGGGACACUAUGGAAGAGCCAACUAGCUCUCGAUUGGCUCAAAUUUUUGCUACAGUUUCGGUGCUUUUUGUGUUAAUCUCGAUAUCGGGUUUGGUGCUGGGGAGUCUCCCCGAAUUGCAAGUCGAUGCGGCGCCUCGUCGAGAUGCGAAUAAGAAUAGCUCUGCUCCGGUGGAAAGAGAGCCACAUCCAUAUCUGCAGCAGCUUGAAUAUCUUUGUAUAGUUUGGUUCACGUUUGAAUACGGCAUGAAGAUGUUAGUGGCUGCGGAUCGACGAAAAACAUUUUUCCAGCUGCUUAACCUCAUCGAUUUGUUUGCCAUCUUGCCAUUUCUUAUUGAAAUGACUCUGAUGAUCUUCGGUAUUGACACUGAACAGCUCCGGGAUUUAAAGGGUGCAUUUUUGGUAAUACGGAUUUUGCGAGUUUUGCGCGUGGUCCGGGUGCUGAAACUUGGUCGCUACAGCUCGGGUUUACAAAUGUUCGGUAAAACGCUGAAAGCGUCAUUCCGUCAACUCGGCAUGAUGGCGAUGGUCGUUUUGACCGGCGUCAUUUUCUUCUCGACUUUAGUCUAUUUUCUUGAGAAAGACGAGCCGAAUUCACAAUUUUAUUCGAUUCCGGCUGCUUGUUGGUGGUGCAUAGUAACAAUGACGACAGUUGGUUAUGGCGAUCUGACUCCUGUCACAGUUCCUGGAAAAUUGGUGGCAACGGGAGCGAUUGCGUGCGGUGUUUUGGUACUUGCACUGCCGAUCACGAUUAUCGUUGACAACUUUAUGAAAGUGGCCGAAGGGGAACGAGAGGGAGCAGCUGGGAGAAGACCCUUCAGAAGAUUCCCGCCAACAGGAAUCUUUGAAGAAAAUCGUGAGAGCAAAAAGAAAUCGACACCACAGUCAAAAACUGAAGACACGCUUUGU